UGGAGGAUAUAGUGCACUUUUCCCUUUCAUGUAGAACAAAAAAGAAUAUUUAUCUUUAAGUGUGGUCAUUUAAACUUUAAACAUCCAGCAGGUGUUGUGGAAAGUUUAGUCAUACCUAUUCGUGUCUCCCCUGUCGUAGAAACUUACGUGUUACGGCCCCACGUGUGAAACAGGAGGAAUAGCUUCUCACUGAGCGCCAUGAAGUAAUCUCUGUAAACGGGUAAAAAGUGCUGAUAAUUCUCCGCCAAAGAAGAUGUUGUUCGGAAAAGAAGUGCCAUGGCGGCGUUUGGAAGGCAUGUCGUUUGGCAUUUACUCCGCCGAAGAGAUAAGAAAGUUGAGUGUGAAAGCCAUCACUAACUUCAGGUUCCUGGAUGGUGUUGGGAAUGUGGCCCCAAACGGCUUGUAUGAUCUGGCUCUGGGACCAGCAGACAUCAAAGAGGUGUGUUCAACCUGCUGUCAGGAUUUCAACAACUGCCCAGGCCACCUUGGACACAUAGAGUUACCUCUUCCUGUGUAUAAUCCAUUGUUCUUUGAUAAACUCUACCUGCUGAUCCGUGGCUCGUGCCUGGCGUGUCACAUGCUAACAUGUCCUCGAGCAGCCAUGCACCUGCUGCUGAACCAGCUCAAGUUAUUGGACCACGGAGCCAUGCAGGAGGUCUACCAGAUCGAACAAGUUCUCGGCCAGUACAUGGAGGAGAAUGUCAAAGCGACUGUCGAUGAGGUCGUGCAGGUGCUGCAGGUGUUUACAGACGCCACAGUUGGAAUGAACGCAGCGACUUCAGAGAACACCAAACCUAUUAAGCACUUGGUUGAGAAGAAAGGCAGUUUGAUUAACGACUUCUGGAAGAUCCAUAUGAAAACCAGGAAGUGUCCUCACUGCGGUUGUGGCAGGUCUACAGUGCGUCACGAACACAACAGUAAGCUGAUUGUCACGAUGCCAUCAGGAGCUCAAACCAGUGACAAAACUGAAGAAGAUCUGCUGCGUGGAAAGAGAGUCUACAUGACUGCCAGCACUGCUCGAGAGCACGUCAACAAAGUGUGGGAAAAGGAAGGUUUCUUCCUCAAGUGUCUGUUCUCUGGGCUGGAGGAGUGCAUGUGGUCCAAAGAAGGGGGAAGCAGUUUCUACCCUGACCUCUUCUUCCUGGAGCUGCUUGUGGUCCCGCCAUGCAGGUAUCGUCCAAUCAAUCGCCUGGGUGACCAGAUGUUUACUAACGGUCAGACAGUGAACAUGCAGGCUGUCAUGAAGGACUGUGACAUCAUAAGAAAACUCCUGGCCCUCAUAGCUGGCGAGAAAAUUGUCCCGGAGACAGAGGCUGUCGAGCAGACGGACCAGUCGUUUCUGUCCGGGAUCCUGGGAGCGACUCUAACAGAUAAACUGUACAACGUGUGGGUCCGCCUGCAGAGCCACGUCAACAUCGUCUUUGACAGCGACAUGGACAAACUGAUGACAGAGAAAUACCCUGGGAUCAGACAGAUCCUUGAGAAGAAAGACGGAUUAUUUCGGAAACACAUGAUGGGCAAACGUGUGGACUACGCCGCAAGAUCUGUCAUCUGCCCAGACAUGUACAUAGGCACCAACGAGAUAGGAAUACCUAUGGUUUUCGCCACCAAGCUGACCUACCCUCAGCCAGUCACUCCCUGGAAUGUGAAGGAGCUCCGGCAGGCCGUUCUCAACGGGCCCAACGUCCACCCCGGUGCCUCCAUGGUGAUAAACGAGGACGGCAGGAAAACCAUCCUCUCCCCUACCUGCCUCGCACAGAGGGAGGCGGUGGCCAAGGAGCUGCUGACACCCUCUCCAGGUCCACGCAAGAUGCCCAUGAAGAUCGUGAAUCGACACAUAAAGAACGGAGAUGUUUUGUUGCUCAACAGACAGCCGACUCUGCACAGACCCUCCAUCCAAGCCCACUGUGCACGCAUCUUACCAGGAGAGAAGGUGCUGAGGCUCCAUUAUGCCAACUGUAAAGCUUACAAUGCUGACUUUGAUGGGGAUGAAAUGAACGCUCACUUCCCUCAAAGUGAGCUGGGCCGAGCCGAGGCCUACACGUUAGUCAGCACUGACCAGCAGUACCUCGUCCCCAAGGAUGGUAAACCUUUAGCAGGCCUGAUCCAGGACCACAUGGUGUCAGGAACAAGGAUGACAAUACGAGGCUGCUUCUUCACCAAAGACCAGUACACUGAGCUGGUGUACAGAGGGCUGACUGACAAACCGGGCAGGGUGAAGUUACUUCCUCCAGCGAUACUCAAACCACAGCAGCUAUGGACGGGAAAACAGGUGGUGUCGACCCUCCUGCUGAAUGUGAUCCCAGAGAAAGCUGUGCCUCUCAACCUGGCUGGCAAAUCAAAGAUUCCUAGUAAGGCGUGGAUCCAGGUCCCACCACGAGCCGCUCCAGGGUACCAACCCGAGAGCAUGUGUGACUCUCAGGUGGUGAUUCGUCAGGGGGAGCUGUUAGUUGGGGUUCUGGACAAAGCUCAUUAUGGCUCCUCGGCUUACGGUUUGGUGCACUGCUGCUAUGAGCUGUAUGGAGGGGAAACCAGCGGCAAACUGCUCAGCUGUCUGGCUCGACUCUUCACUGCAUACCUGCAGCUCUACAGAGGCUUCACUCUGGGUGUGGAGGACAUCCUGGUAAAACCAGGCGCCAACAAGCGGAGGAAGAAAAUUAUUAAGGAGUCGCUGAAGAUUGGAACCAAAGCGCUCCAGGCUGCUUUUAAUCUGCCCUCCAAUGUGGUCCAAGCCGAGGCUCAGAGUCGCUGGCAGGAUGCUCACCUCAACCCAGACCAGAGAGACUUCAUCACGGCCGACCACAAGUUCAAAGAAGUGGCAAACCAAGUCAACAAUGAUAUCAACAAGGUAUGUAUGCCAGUUGGACUACACACCUCUUUCCCAGGCAACAACCUCCAGCUGAUGGUCCAAUCAGGAGCCAAGGGGUCUACAGUGAACACCAUGCAGAUUUCCUGUCUGCUUGGUCAGAUUGAGUUGGAGGGCCGUAGGCCUCCACUGAUGCCCUCUGGGAAAUUCUUGCCGUGCUUCCAGCCCUACGACCCUGCGCCCGGUGCUGGAGGCUUUGUUUCUGGAAGAUUCCUCACAGGCAUCAAACCACAGGAGUUUUUCUUCCACUGCAUGGCUGGCAGAGAAGGACUGGUCGACACGGCCGUGAAAACAUCCAGAUCAGGAUAUCUGCAGAGAUGUGUCAUAAAACAUCUGGAGGGUUUGGUAGUGCAGUACGACCUGACGGUAAGAGACAGCGAUGGCUCUGUGGUCCAGUUCCUGUACGGCGAGGACGGACUAGAUAUCCCCAAAACUCAGUUCCUGCAACCAAGACAGUUCCCCUUCAUAGAAGACAACUAUGAGGUCAUCAGGAGGUCGCAGGGCCUGGAUGAAAUUUUAGCACGUUUAGACCCUCAAAGUGCCACUAAGCACUUUGCUGCCAUCCAGCGCUGGAAAGCAAAGAGAGAGUUAGCAUGUCCACGGAGUGGAGCGUUUUUGCUUUUUUCCCAGAAAAAGCUGGGAAAAUUAAAACAGACUGAUGAAGUAGAGGCCGACUGUGGCAGAAAUCCUGCUGUGCUGCAGCUUGUACAACAGUGGCACACUCUGGAUGAAGCUAGCAGAUCCAAAUACUGCAGGAAGUCCUCCCACUGCCCGGAGCCGUCGCUGGGCCUGUUUAGGCCUGAUGUCUUCUUUGGAUCAAUCUCUGAAAACUUUCAUGGCAUCACAGAGAAAUACCUGCAGAGCAGAGACACUGCGAACCAAGACAGACUGGACACACACAGCCUUCGCCAGCUGCUGCAUUAUAAGUGGCAGCGUUCGCUGUGUGACCCAGGUGAAGCUGUGGGUCUGCUGGCAGCUCAGUCCAUAGGUGAGCCCUCCACCCAGAUGACUCUCAACACCUUCCACUUUGCUGGCAGAGGAGAGAUGAACGUCACUUUGGGAAUACCUCGGUGGACUAUGAAAGCGAGGAGGAAGACAAUGGCGAUGACCCAGAGGAUAAAGAGGACCAGGGCGUGGAAGAGGCGGAGGAGGAGACAAAUGCUGUGGAGGAGCCUCAGGCUAACGGGAGGAGAACCGAGAAGAAGAAGAAGAGAGAAAAACGAGUGGAAGGAGCAGAGUCGCAGAGUGAGAUGAGAGUGAACUCUGUGCUGGAGUCAAAUGCAGCCAUAGAGAGAUACAGCUAUGACCACAAGCAUGAACUCUGGUGUGAGGUUGACCUGGCAUUACCUGUGAGCAAGGUGCACUUUGAUCUGACCUCGGUGCUAACAUCGCUGGCCCAGAAUGCUGUCAUCAUGGAGACCAAGGGCCUGACGCGCUGCCUGCUCAGCGAAACGACAACAAAGACCGGAGAAAAGGAAACCGUUCUGAACACUGAGGGAAUCAACAUGCAUGAAAUCUUCAAGUACAGUGAUAUCUUGGACAUCAACAGACUGUACUCCAAUGAGGUGCACGCCAUGGCGAAGACAUAUGGAAUUGAGGUGGCUCUGAAGGUCAUAGAGAAAGAGAUCAAAAAUGUCUUUGCUGUCUAUGGUAUUGAAGUUGACCCCAGACAUCUAUCACUGGUAGCAGACUACAUGUGCUAUGAAGGUGUAUAUAAGCCACUGAACCGACACGCAAUCCGGUCCAACUCCUCUCCUCUGCAGCAGAUGACCUUUGAGACCAGCUACAAAUUCCUCAAGCAGGCCACCAUGCUAGGAUCACAUGAUCAGCUGGUGUCACCCUCAGCUUGCCUGGUGGUGGGGAAAGUAGUCAGAGGUGGAACAGGACUCUUUGAACUGAAGCAGCCUCUGCAGUAGAGACAGAGAUGCUGACAGUGGUUAGAUAUGUUGUGAUAAGAUCACAGCUGAUCUGGUCUGCAGGCUCCUUACAUCCUCUACAGAAUGCAUCAGUAAAUAUGUUUAUUUCCUUUUAGCAAAAGCCUUCCAGGCUGCAACGUUUCAUUAAAAGGACAUAAAAACUGA